GCUAAACUAAAGUUAAAGGGAACCACGGCUUGUUACGUUAUUAUUUAGCCCUCACAUAAUCGUCAGAGAUGUCACCACAUAAAGAUACUAAAUUCCCACCUUUAAAGCCGUCACAAAAACAAAGGCUUACAUGUGACCACAUUGUUCAAAAUUAUACUAUCCAGACGUCAGAGGAAGGACAAGAAGGGGAAACCGCUGGUGCUUUUUCUGCCCAGCCUUAUGCAGCGAGAAAGUUUUGCUUGGCAGGAAGCAAUUACAUUUAUGCAGGCCUGGGGAGAAAGCCCCAACUGCUGAUGCAUCUGGAGAGCUAUGUGAACAAGGAGCUGCAAGAUAUCAGCCCCAGUGAGCCAAAAUUCCAGGAACUGAAGCUACAGGUCUAUCGUGAAGUCUUUGGCUGUUUCAUCAAAGAGUUCAAAACCUACCAACCCCUUCUAUGUGAUAUCAAAAAGGAAUAUGAAAACACUUUAGCGUAUCAGCAGGAUCAAAUUCGACAACUGGAACCACUGCGAUCCCAUCUAAGGCUGGUGACAGAGGAAUGUGACAGGAAGAUUCAGGCUCACUGGGGAGAGGAGCAGGCUGAGAUUGGAGCCUUGAAAAGGGAGAAGCAGCAGCUGCAGAGGGACAUUGAGGCCAUGAAGGAGAAAGAAAAGGCCAUGCAGGCAGUGGUAGAACGUCUGCAGUAUGAACUGUCCAACCAGUAUCUGCAGUACCGGGAGGAGCGUGAUGCCCGCAAGCUGCUGAUCUGGCAGCUCAGUGACCUAACAAGAGCCUCUGUGAAGGAGCAGCAAGCUGCAGAUGAAAAUACAGAAGAGGUUAAAGACCUGGUGGAGCUGCAGCUCGCUCUGAGGGUGUGUCGGGGAGACCUGACUAAAGCCCAGGAGGAGCUCAAGAGGAUGAAGUCAGAGUACUGGGAUGUCGUGCCACGACGCAACUGGGACACCCUGGAACAAACACACAAACAGACACUCCAGCAGUUGAAGAUGCUGCAGGGUGACUUUGAUCAUUUGAAGAGUGAGUAUGACACCUUGCUGGAUCUCCAUAAAAGAGGCAGUAUGCAGGCUGAGACACAUGAGUCCACUGCUGUGCAGAUGAAUGAAAGAGUGUCUCAAGGGCAAAGCCACAUUCAGUCCAGCCAGCUAAAAGAACUGAUCCACUCUGAUAGCCCUGAGAGCGACACACUCACUGUCCAGGAGUUUAGGGAAGCCCUGAGGACAGCAUUCCCUCUGAAGUCAGAUGAGGAAAUAAAUGAAAUGGUGACGUUGGCUCAAAGUGAACCAGACAAAAGCAAUGACUUGAUCUCCUCCAAAAGACUCAGCAGCCUGCUUGCGGAAUGUGGUGUGGCAGUCUUACCUCCAGCUCCUGACCAAUCAGAAGAAAACGCUGUACCAAAUAAUUUUCCCGCCAGCAACUAAUAUUAUAUUGUAGUAUUUGCUUUAUUGUUAAUUAAGAAUGUAGGUCAGCUUGCCAGCUUAAGUACAAUUUAUCACUGACUUAAAACAA